AUGAGUUUUAUUCCAAUAGCUCCUGACUCUGAUUUUCCCAUACAAAAUCUUCCCUAUGGCGUCUUUUCCACGAUAAUAAAGGAUGACAAGAAACGUGUGGGUGUUGCCAUUGGAGAGUUUGUACUAGACUUGUCCGUAUUAGAGACAGAAGGUCAUUUUCAAGGUUUUGAUGCUACCUGCUUCCAUGAUUCAUCACUCAAUAGGUUUAUGGCACAAGGACCUAAAGUGUGGGCUACAACACGCACGAUUAUUCAGCAAUUACUUUCUGCUGAUGAACCAAUACUACGUGACAAUGAAGCACUACAAAAGCGUGCACUGAUUCCCAUAGAACUUGUACGUAUGGAUCUACCUGCCAAAAUUGGUGACUAUACGGACUUUUACUCAUCACGUGAGCACGCUACAAACGUUGGUCGGAUGUUUCGUGGAGAAGAAAAUGCAUUACCGCUCAACUGGCUUCACUUGCCUAUUGGUUACCAUGGUCGCUCCUCAUCGAUCAUCACGUCAGGCACUACUGUUCGUCGACCAUGUGGUCAGUUGCAAGCGGACAAGACUGACCCGUCAAAGGGGUCUGUAUAUGGUCCAUGUCGUGUGCUUGAUUUCGAGCUUGAGAUGGCGUUUUUUGUAGGCUCGUCCAAUAAUCUCGGUGAGCCGAUUCCGAUGAAUGAGGCGGAGGGCCACAUUUUUGGUGUAGUAUUGAUGAACGAUUGGAGCGCUCGUGACAUUCAAAAAUGGGAGUAUAUUCCGCUUGGACCAUUUGGAUCCAAAAACUUUGCGACCACGAUUUCGCCAUGGGUUGUGCCUCUUGCCGCCUUGGAGCCAUUUCGCUGCAAACCGAGCUUUGGCUCAGCUCAGAAGGACCCAACACCGUUGCCAUACAUCACAGACCCCGAUUACGCCCGCGGUACUUACGAUAUUAACCUGAAUGUCUCAAUAAGACCGGAGGAUUCCGAUCAAGCCUACGCCGUGACAAAGAGCAACUUCCGUAACAUGUACUGGAACAUGAAGCAACAGCUUGUUCAUCACACUGUUACGGGGUGCAAUAUGCAGCCUGGAGACCUUUUGGGCAGCGGCACCAUCAGUGGGAGUACAGACGACAGCUUAGGUUCAAUGCUGGAGCUGAGCUGGCAAGGGUCCCGUGACGUAGCUUUGGGAGACAGCGGCAUUACCCGAAAGUUUCUGCAGGACGGCGACACGGUAAUAAUGACGGGGUUCUGCCAGGGCGAUGGCUACAGGAUUGGAUUUGGGUCUUGCGAGGGUAAGAUCUUGCCUGCAUGUCAGUGA